AUGGAAAAGGUCUUCCUCGGUGUGCUUGCUGGCUCCGUAUCUGAGGACGUGAUGCGCGCCGUCCGUGGACUCUUAGACUUUAUCCACUACGCCCGGUUUGAAACUCACACAACUACAUCUCUAGAGGCUCUCAAAGUGGCAUGGCGGCAGUUCCACAUAUACAAGUACGCGUUCAUUACUUACUACAAUGCCAAGCAGGCGAUGCCGGCGAACUACGCGAAUUUCAGCGGCAUCCCGAAGCUUCACAGGAUGGAUCACUACAUUCAGUCGAUCCGUCUGCUUGGCACCGCAGACAGAUACAAUACAGAGGGCCCAGAGCGUCUGCACAUCGAUUUUGCUAAGUUGGGUUACCGCGCAAGCAAUCAUAGGAAUUACUUUGGCCAGAUGACGACCUGGCUCGACCAUCAGGAAGCCGCCAUUUGCUUCGAUGCCUAUCUACAUUGGCUGCAACUUCCAGGGCUUAGAGAGAAGGAGCUGAAGGAUGCGGAAGACAAAGAGGAAGGCAUCGCACGAGCCGAGACAACCAGCGUCCAGUUCAAGGUUGCAAAGAAACCUCCGUAUCCGCUACUCUUUGCUGGCGCCAUCGCAAAAUCUUACGGCGCUCGCGACUUCUCGUGGCAUCUCGAGGCCUUUCUCACGGAACGCGCUCACUCUGCAACUCAGCUUGUCCCCCAGUCUACGAUAGCGGAGAUCAAGAAAAUCAGCACGAAAACUGGAGUUCCCGUGUACAAGCAGCUGAAGCUUCGAUUACCCGCCAUGGCGCAGGUCUCGACAGCUGAUAGCUUAGAGUGGGACACCAUCCAAGCAGUCCCCAGAGCUUCUGAGAGCCUCAGAGGCACGGAGAUCAACGCCAUGCCCGCAGUGUUCUCGACGGUCUUAGCUCACCGAUGGUCAUCUCAGACAACUGGUCUAUCGGGGUGUUCGCCUUUGCAUGACCUUUCGAUCGGGCAAGUGCGUGUCAUCUUUCGUGCUCCCGAUGUGUUCCGUGACCUUGUACCUGAGCUUCUCGUGUUUGUUCAGUGGUACACUCCACUGAAUAUGUACGAUGAAGUCUCAGCGCAUCUGUGA